GAAAACAAUUAACUCAUUCACAGGAUCUUUAUGUCUUGUAUUUUAUUCUUUAUCAUCAGGUGUUGUAGUUAAUCUCUCUUCUAAUAUGUCAUAUUUAUUCCUAUUCCUAAUGUUGCCUCUGUUGUGCUUAAUUUUUCCGACUUGGCUUUUCUCUCCCUUUCUAAUAAUCAAUAUUUCGCGCUCUUUUUCUCGACCAUCUGUACAGACACGCGACACCGCAUCUACAUCUCUGCAUACCCAUUGAUCCAACCGACGAAUUCAAAGUGUAUAUACACGUGUACGGUGUAUAGCAUAGCACAACAAGAUUCAAACCGUCAUUCGUAGAUCAAAUAAGAACGAAGCAGGACGUAGGUCCAUCCGUCGACGAAGAAAAGAAGAAAUCACGUAAAAUGGCCGAGAGGUCGGAAUUGUUCAGUAGUAGCGCGAAUUGUUCGCUGUUUGAACAGCAUCUGGACGGUAUCGUAAGUUACGAUGAUUAUAAAAAGCUGAAGGAAGACUGCGAGCACUAUCAGCAGGAGUCGCAUGUUCUGCGUCGUAAGUUGGAGGCUAACGACGAAAUCGAGAGAGAGCUUGAGCGGGCUGACAGUGCUUACGGGAUGCAGUUUAAGGAAUACAGGUCGAUGGUAAACGAGGCUCGCGCCGAAACAGCUCGAAAGCACGCAAAUGAGAUACGGGACUUUCAAGACCAUGUUGCAGAUCUAGAAGCAGUCAUAACAAAACAAGAAGAUAAGAUUAAGAAGUUGCAAGAAGUAGUAAAAAACCAGAAAGACCUUCUAAAUAAAGAACAAUGUUAUGACACCUCGGAAGAAACUUUAGCACCGUAUAAAGAGAAAAUUAUGAGAUUAUCUACGCUUCUCCAAAAUGAGCAAAAAAAUGUAGAUAAUUUGACCGACAAACUUACAAACGUGGAAGAGCUAAAUCAGGAGCUUAACCAUAAAUACAAUAAAGUACUGGAGGAACUGGAGAUAAAUGAAAAAGAGUUGGAAGACGCAAGGGUAUCGGCUAGAGAAUUAGCCCUGAAUUUUAUGGAGUUGGAAUCGAGAGCGACUCCUGCUAGCGAUACUUGCAAAGGGAAUUCCCUGUUUGCCGAGGUUGAAGACCGUCGGCAAGUAUUGCUGGAUAAAAUGAAAGCACUCACGAGUAAAUAUAAUAAUGCAAAGCGGGAGCUGAAUACGAAAGUGGCCGAAGUUAAGCUGCUGAGGGCAGAGAAAAGCGCCAUGGCCAGGAAAUGGGAAAUUGAUACGGCUGAUUCAUUGCAAGAGAAUGCAGAUCUCCUGCAUCAAUAUAAAAGAAGGAUCUUCGAGCUUGAGGAUAGGUUGAGGAUUGAAAUAAGCAAGAACAUUACCAAGACGGAAGAAAUACAGUCUUCAGAUGAAAGCUUUAAUUACGCUCGAUCGUUGGUAAUCUCGAAGGGAAAGGAAGUUAAGGAGUUGAACGAAAAAAUUAUAAAGCAAGCUAUGCAGAUACUAGUGCAAGAGGAAGCGAAGAACGACAUCUCGAGACAGCUCCGUUACUGGCGAUCUAAAGCAAUGUCAUUGGAGGCUCAAAUUCUGGCUAUAAAAGCGCAGUUGGAAACGGAACAAACAAACGAUGGCAACGGAACACUCCUUAAAGCUAUUGAGAGUUGCAAAAUUUCUGGCAAUGUGAAUUUCGAAAAGGCCUGUGGUGAUUCCGAACUUGCAUUCGAUAAGCUCACGUCGGGGAAUAAUACAGGUCAAGGCAACUCAACAGAAACGUCCGAAAAGCCGGCAGUGGACACCACGACUGAGCAGAAAAUGCCUAGAAGAUUUGUAUUCUUUAGUAAGGAUACUGAAGACACAGAGAGUAAAGUUUUGAAAAAAUCGGCGAAACAACAGGACUAUCCCAUUGUAUCCUAUACUAAAGAGCAUGGGUCCACGUUUUACGACUCGUGACAAUUCAAUUUUAUAUUUCCUUUUUGCUUGACGACAUUGUGUAUCACGUUAGAGUUUUAUUAAAUAAUGUUUGCAUGAAAAAAAAAAAUAAAAAAUAUAACUAUCAAGAUAAAGGAGAAGAAUUAAUACGUAGAAUACAGGUGCACUUCCGAAAGAAUGUAAUAAACAAAUAUACAAAUUGCUUUUUAACUUUCUCAAAA